AAUCAGUUACUAAUUGUGUGAGAAGUAGGCAGUUUUAAUGACAUCAAAAACCCUAGUUCAUCGUUUUGGCUUCGAUUAAAUUUGAAUUAUCAGUAAACGUAUUUUUAACCCCCGAACAUCCAGCCAUGAUGUCCAUUGGUCGAGCUCUCGGGGGCCUAUCCGUUUUACAUUUUUCUUGGAACAGGAGCUUGCAUCAAAGGAGGACGAGACGGCCAUUUCCGGUAGUUCCCGACGCGAGGAUUAAGACCCCGGCGCAGUCAACCCGACCACCCCGCAUCCUGGUGAAGAGCUUCUUGGCCCUCCAUCAUCUGGAUUCUGUGUACAUGCAGGGUGCUCCUCGUGAUCUUAGAGACUAUUUUAUGUCGAGCUGGAAGAACGAGAAAAGAUGAUACCCCUCCUUGACUACCAUUCAUAACCAUGGGAACCGCCAUUGCGGUCAUUAUUCAAAAUUUAAAGUUUUUCGAAAAAAUACUGUUCUAAAAAUAUAUUCGACUUAUUGAAAUCUUAAUUUUUUAGCAAGAAAAUGAUAAUAUGCUAUGAUUAUAAAUUUAGACUUGCUAUA